AAUAUUAGCAUGGCUUCUAAGGAAUCUGUAUGUGACAGUUACUUGUCUCUGAAGCCAGAAAAAGCAACAAUCAUCGAAAUUAUUCGCUCUCUGUUUUCCUCGGAUUUAGAGAACGAAAGAUUCAUCGAGUCCUCAGAAGAAGGGAAGUUAGAGAGAAAAUGGAUAAUCCUCGUCUCUGUUAUAGUGCAAUGGGUCUUCUUAUACAUCCGUGUUCCUCUGGCGAAAAUAGGGGAUGUGCUGCAGAAAUGGCUCAACCUUAUUUCGAUCAAUGGCGGACUACUCAUGCUCUUCUUAAACUGGCUGAGAGGAAAGGUGGUCGAGCCGGAUUCAUUAUCAUCUAGAUCAGUGUUGGGAAAUCUGGACACGAGAAUUGAAUUAGACAAGAGCAUCAAACCUGAGAAUACAAGAUACAAAGCGGUUCUCUCCAUUAUGGCUGCUAAGUUAUCAUACGAGAACAAAGACCUCGUACAAUCCGUCGUUAAUCAUCACUGGAAGAUGAAAUUCAUUGGAUUCUACAAUUUUUGGAACGGUUACCAAGGAAGAGAUUCGACACAGGCCUUCUUGUUCAAAGACACACAAUCUGACCCUAACCUGAUUGUGGUGGCAUUUAGAGGCACUGCCCCAUUCAAUGCGGAUGCAUGGAGGAUCGAUUUCGACAUCUCAUGGUGCCAGUUCAACAAAGUCGGUAAGACGCACGGUGGCUUCAUGAAAGCUCUCGGCAUGCAACCGGAAAAUCGGUGGCCACUUGAACUUGAAAAUGAUGAUCAACACUCUCAGUUUGCUUACUACACAAUCAGAAAAAUGCUGAAAGAUUUGCUUCAAGAGGAUGAGAAUGCGAAGUUUAUAUUGACGGGGCACAGCUUGGGCGGCGCGUUGGCAGUUUUGUUCGCCGGGGUGCUAGCAAUGCACGAUUGUGAGUAUGCAUGGUUGCUGGAGAGGUUGGAGGGGGUUUACACGUUCGGACAGCCGAGGGUUGGAGAUGAGAAGUUUGGGGAGUUCAUGAAGGAAAAGUUUAGGAAUCAUGAUGUGAGGUAUAUGAGGUAUGUUUACAACAAUGACUUGGUGCCUAGAGUACCUUUUGAUGAUAAAGCCCUCUUGUUCGAGCACUUUGGGCCAACUCUAUACUACAACAGCUGCUAUGGAGGAAAGGUUUUGAAGGAGGAACCCAAUAAGAACUACUUUAGCUUGCGAUGGUUCAUACCAAAUAGACUGAACGCAGUGUGGGAGCUGAUUAGGAGCUUUAUACUCCCUUUGGUGAAGGGUUCAGAAUACAGGGAAGGCUGGUUUAUGAGACUUUGGAGGGUAGCCGGAUUAGUAUUUCCAGGAAUCCCAGACCAUAUUCCUCAAGAUUAUGUUAAUCUUACGAGAUUGGGGACCCUGCUUCUUCCUAAAGAAACUCCUAAAGUACAACACUCGGAAUAGAAUAAC